GCCCCCUCUCCCUUCAUUCACGUUAUGAAAGCUGAACGGUGGGUGUUACACUCGGACUCCAUGGCUGCAGGAUUUGUAAACAGAUUUUCUUUUCUCCUGGCCCAGAUCAACAACAGUCGUCAACAAUGCUUCGCGUUACCACCGCCUCUCUGUGCACCUACUGUCAGAGGAUGAGGCUCCUCCUGCCUCCCUCUGCGUCUGCCUCCACCGGCCCGUCUCCCAACAAACGCCCGGAGAACAAGAACACAGUGGACUCCCUAUACGAGCUCUCUGUGGACAUACGCAAGGUGCGCAAGUUCAAGGGCUGGGUUCUCUCGGAGAGUUCUGCGUAUGUGUCUGAAACUGCCGACCUGCUGAGGGACAUGGGCGCAGAGUCCCCAGUAAUCGCCCGCAUCCUCGAGACUCACCCCGAAGCUGUCCUGUGUCUUCCAGAGGACGUCGCCGCUCAGCGGGACCUUUGGGUGUCCGUGUGCCCGAACAAGCGCGAGCUGGUGGGCAUCAUCGAGAAGUUCCCGGCGUCUUUCUUCGCGCUGACUCACCAUAGCAACCAGCGGGCGAACAUCCUCUACCUCCAGUCGCUACGCCUCAGCAAGAGGAUCAUCGGGAAGCUGAUGGCGAGCGCCCCGCAGAGCUUCAGCCGACCCGUGGAGAUGAACCAGCAGGUGAUCCACACUCUGAGGGAGACCUACCUGGACUUGGGCGGGGAUGAAGGGAACUUGCGGCUCUGGCUGCAGAAGCUCCUCAGUCAGAAUCCGUACAUCCUGCUGCGCCCGGCUGAAGCUUGGAGGGACAGUCUGGGCUUCCUGAGGGAGCAGGGUUUCACCACGGAGGAGCUCCUCAAACUGGUCUCAAGUCUGAGAGCGUCCAUCGCCGAGCUGCGGCCGGAGAGCAUGCAGCAAGCGCUCCAAUACGUUGAAAGCGCUCUCUGCUGCUCCAAAGAAGAACUCAAGCAGAUCGUGAUCCGCUGCCCGGCUGUUUUGUACUACUCCUUGCCCACUCUGGCCGAGAGGUUCCAGGGGUUGAUGGAUGCUGGAAUAACCAUGGAGCAGGUGAAAGAAACUCCAAAUGUGCUGGAGCUCACCACACAAAUCGUGCUUUAUCGUAUCCAUAAGCUGGCCUCCUACGGAUAUGAUGUUUGCUCUGGUAGCCUGGACGUUAUCGAGGGAACCAAGAAGGACUUUGAGAUGACUUAUGGGAAGCUGCAGCUCAGGCAGCAGCGGCCGCUAUUCAACCCUGUCGCUCCCCCCAGAUCUGCAGAGGAGUAACUGUUGCAGUUUGUUUAUAUGCUGCUCUUAUAUGCAUUUAGUUUGUGGAGAAAGCAUGUUUACAGCUUCACCUUAAUGCAAAAAAGAACAAACAAGGAAGACAGUUUGAAUAUUACAGGAAUCUUUUGGCCUCAUUAGGGCGCAGCUGACGGGUCUGCCAACACGACUGUUAUGAAAAACUGAGUACUGUAUUUUAUAUUAUAAGAAUAAAAAUUCAGAAAUAUCUGUAGUGGCAUGAUGUGCGUGAAUGUGAGAGAUGCAAUAAUGAAUGUCUUCCACUUUGAAAUAAAUCUACUUUGAUAAUA